UAUACAUAUUCAGGCGAAAAUUUUUUCAACAAAUACUCUGAAGUGACAUUUCUCUACCAUCGAGCUGACGUUUAAUUGAUAAGAUUUUACAAUUUUUACGAUAUCUUUUCUUAAGGAUUUUCUCCAAGGGAGGCUUGAGUUUUGUUUUAAGUUUUACAGAGUGACAAUUUGUUAUCAUACGGAGCGCCGUUCGUGUCGGAGGAAGGUCGUUUAAUAAUCAAUUUAGAAUCCUAUAAUCUGUCUAACAAAAAGAAAUCUGCUGGCACGGAUUAAUGUACGUAGUAAGCUAAGUAAAGGAGAAGAAGUGUAAAAAUUCAGAUAAUAUUAGAGCGGAUGAGACCGAGCAAUUGCAAAACCUAACGAAAGAAGUAAAUUUUCAAAUUAGAGACGAUAGAUCAAAAAUAUGGACAUUAUUGGAGAAAAGAACGAGGGAAACAUAGCUCAAAGUUUUGAAACGACCGACAAUUACCUCCAUAAUGUCAGUCUUCGAAUUAUAGAAGAAAUAGAUAAAUGGCUACAAAAAAAUGAGAAAGAGCCGGGAAGCACAAGCUUAACUGUAAAUGAAAAGGAAAAUAUAGAAAAAAAUGGGAAUUUAAGAGCUUGGAAACGCCAAAGGACAGGCGAAGAAGAAGCAGAAAGUUAUCGCCAAAGUGGGAAUAAAGCAUUUGACUACAAUCAUGAAAAUUCAAAUCAGAACGUCGCGACGUUCAGACCUACUGCGUUGCAGGAGUUAAAAGAACCUGAUGAUAUAGUAUCAUCAACACGUUCUAAAGAGAAAAUGGAGAAAGCUAUGCUGCGUGUUAAUUGGGCGUUAGAUUGUUUUAAAAUGUAUUCGGUUCAUUCGCAAAAACUUUUGGAAGGUGGGUUUGUUUUUGCGUCCACUAUGCGUAAAUUAUCACAUGGUUGCUUUUCUGGCGCUUAUGAAUACCGGUCGCCUUUGCAUAAGAUAAACAACGUACACUACAAAUUUAGUUCCCGCAGAGCUGUUUUCAAUAUGCGUGAAUGGGGAUUGGAAGCUUUGUCCUCGAAAAUCGCCACCAACUGCCGCAUAUUGGGUUUCGACGCUGAUUGUUUACACGAUAAGCUAGACAACCUUGAUUUACCACCAAACUUGCAACAAUUAAUAGACGAAAGCUCGGACAGAGUUCUGGCAAACACCGUUUCUUUCUUCAAAGACGUUGCUACACAAACUGAUGGUAAUGGUAUCUUCAACAUGAUAGAAGAAAUUGAUAGCUACGAUAUGGCUGCCGACACAAUACAAGAAAAUCGUUUGAACGAUCCACCUUUAGUCUUCGCAACGCGCAACUUCAAUUCGAAUCAGAUGACAGCCAUGCUUGACUUUGCCGAUUUACUUAGAGAAUCGUGCCCACAGGAAUAUUUUGAUUUAUAUAAUGUGCAACAGCGUAUGCUGGCGAUUUAUAAAAGUUCGCUAUCGCCCGAAGUUAAUUGGACUAACGCAUCUUCGCACUCACGCCAUAAUCUAACGAACGAGUUUACCAACAGAGGCUCUUUAAAUUUAACGCCCAUAAGGUUUGUAUACUCUCACGCUAGACCACGCUACUCACCUCACGGAUCGAGAUUUAAAUAUAACAGGGCAUCGUCGACGAAAACCUUUCAUAGCCGCGGACGCAAGAAGUGCUAG